UGCAUGCACCAUGGGGUGUGGAGAACGAGUCUUGGCGCUGUGGGCGUUACCUCGACCGCAGACCAAUCUAUAGCCGAAUCUGUGUAUAAAUGGCCUGGAGACAGAUUCCCGAUUGAGCAGGAUUUGUCGUCUACUCCGGGCUUCUACACCUACUACCAACUACUGUUACACUCAGUUACAACCCUAGCGAGCCAGCUCCUUGCAGUGAGGAAAGAAGGAAAGAAGAAAAGAUUAAAGCCUCCUCUAGAUUAUAACCAGGUCUUCUAUCUUUCCAAGUGGGUAUCCGAACGCUACAAAUGCCUGAAACCCCUGACCGGCCUGAAAUUUCCAACACCUCGUAUAUGCAGUAGUUUGAAUUAAAAAUAAAAAAAAGAAAUUCUCCAUGGAUUAUGCAGCACGUCGUCUCCCGCUGUAAUCCAGUAUCUGUUGUCCCGACAUGGGAGGUCCAUCGUAUGGUUCAGUGCAGCAAGGUUGUGUCCAUCGCAAGAGGAAUCCAAAAGAUGGUGAGAAGACAAUGUAGCGAAUGGUGGAGAAUGAGAACUACUCUCGUUCCGUAAUUGGUUUGCCAGAAUGGAAAUAUCCCGCUGGGC